CGAAACGAAACUAAAAGGCAAAAUUAGCAAAAGAAAAUCAACGGAAACCCCCCUCCCAACGUGUUCUAAACUAAAUACAAGUCUCGCCAUCCUCAACCUCAAAUUGUUACACUCGCCACUCGCUACUCGUCACUCGCCAGUGGACUUCAUGAUGGCAAACACAGGAGCCGGCGGCGGCGUUGACACACAAGCCCAGCUAAUGCAAACGGCUGCAGCCGCUGCCGCAGUGGCGGCCACCAAUGCGGCUGCUGCUCCCGUACAGAAUGCAGCCGCUGUGGCCGCUGCCGCACAAUUGCAGCAGCAGCAACAGGUCCAGCAGGCCAUACUGCAAGUGCAACAGCAGCAGACACAGCAGGCAGUGGCUGCGGCCGCAGCCGCCGUCACCCAGCAGCUUCAGCAACAACAGCAGGCCGUCGCCCAACAGCAGCAGCAACAGCAGCAACAACAACAGCAGCAGCAACAACAGCAGCAGCAGCAAGUGCAACAGCAACAGCAAGUAGUGGCCCAGCAGCAAGUGCAACAGGCUGUGGCGGCCGCCCAGCAACAGCAACAACAACAGCAGACCCCACAGCCCCAGCCGAAUACCAAUGGCAAUGCUGGCGGGGCACAGAACGGCAGCAAUGGCAGCACAGAGACGCGCACAAAUCUGAUUGUGAACUAUUUGCCCCAGACCAUGACCGAGGAUGAGAUACGCUCGCUUUUCUCCAGUGUGGGCGAAAUCGAGUCUGUGAAACUGAUACGUGACAAGUCGCAGGUCUAUAUUGAUCCCCUGAAUCCUCAGGCCCCCAGCAAAGGUCAGAGUUUGGGAUACGGUUUCGUGAACUAUGUGCGGCCACAGGAUGCCGAACAGGCGGUGAAUGUCCUUAAUGGCCUACGACUGCAAAACAAGACCAUUAAAGUAUCAUUUGCCCGACCCUCCUCGGAUGCCAUCAAGGGGGCCAAUCUGUAUGUGUCUGGUCUGCCCAAGACCAUGACCCAGCAGGAGCUCGAAUCGAUAUUUGCUCCAUUCGGAGCCAUAAUCACAUCACGCAUCCUACAGAAUGCCGGCAACGAUACACAGACCAAGGGUGUGGGCUUCAUACGUUUCGAUAAGCGAGAGGAGGCCACUCGUGCCAUAAUCGCAUUGAAUGGAACUACACCAUCGAGCUGCACCGAUCCCAUAGUGGUGAAAUUCUCAAACACUCCCGGAAGCACGAGCAAAAUCAUUCAGCCGCAGUUGCCCGCUUUUCUGAAUCCUCAGUUGGUGCGUCGAAUUGGCGGAGCCAUGCACACCCCGGUCAAUAAGGGAUUGGCUCGAUUCUCACCCAUGGCCGGUGACAUGCUCGAUGUAAUGCUGCCCAAUGGCUUGGGUGCAGCGGCGGCAGCGGCCACAACUCUGGCCAGUGGACCCGGUGGAGCGUAUCCCAUAUUCAUUUACAAUUUGGCUCCCGAAACCGAGGAGGCGGCUUUGUGGCAGCUAUUUGGUCCAUUCGGAGCAGUGCAAUCGGUGAAGAUCGUCAAGGAUCCCACCACGAAUCAAUGCAAGGGCUAUGGAUUUGUAUCCAUGACGAAUUAUGAUGAGGCGGCCAUGGCCAUAAGGGCCCUAAAUGGUUAUACUAUGGGCAAUCGGGUGCUGCAGGUCAGCUUUAAGACCAAUAAGGCCAAGUAAACAAAACGCUAUAUAUAUAUACAUAUAUAUAUAUAUUUAUAUAUAUAUGAAGGAUGAAGCUCGGGAUUAAUACAUGAACACACACACACACAUAGAUACACUCACACACAAACACAUACACACAAUCACAUACAUAUAUAAAUAUGCAUGGUAUUAACGGUAACUAAGCGCAACAAAAAAAUCUUAUGUGUAAAACACACACACACACAAACACACACAUAUACACUCAAAAAUACAUAUACAUAUAGAUAUCUCCCCCGCGUGUGAAAAACAACGAAUAACGACGGCGGCCAAAAUCUCAAUUCUUACCACUUUCUCUCUUUCCUCUGUCCUCUGUCCACUGCCACCCGCCAACACUAACUCCCAUUUUAAAUCCCCCCCUAAAACGAAAUGUUUUCCCUCUAUGGCCGCCGCUAAUCAUGUUGCAAUAGCUAAAUUAUUGUUUAGCAUUUAAGUGAAACCAAAACAAACAAACAAAAAAAAAAAAGAAAAGAAAAGGAAAAGGGAAGCAACAAUAAGAAAAGAAUUGAGUGGCAAAGCAAUCUUUGUGGCGAAGAGCAUCUUCCUUCCUUGCUCUUUCUCUCACUUCAGCACGCUCCCAAACCCCUUUGCCACUGCCAUAAAGCAGCGGGAGGGAGCGGAGGAGGAGUUAGUGAAAAGGGGCACAACAAGUUGCAGCCGCAGUCAAAUUAGUCGCAAAGCAAAACAAAGAAA